AAACUAGCAAAUCUGUGACGUUUAGUUUUAAAAACGUGUAGAAUGUUUCUGGACAGUGUCGAUUUUUGUUAUUAGUAAUUGAAUAAGAACAUUGACAACUUAGAGUAAAUGAUUUCGCAUGAGUUGGUUUCUUCGCUUUCUGAAACAAAGCUGGUAAACGUGCGAGAUCUAGCGGUAUUGUCCGUUGAGAAUGAUCUGAAAAUGAAGGAGGCCGGUUCAUCACAGGUUAUUCGAUUUAAGCGGCAGCACGAAUUCUUUGAGGAUGGAGACUUGAGCCGUCAUUUCUACAUUCGGGAUGUUCUAACAAGCAUUGGAAAAGUGAAAGAAACAAGCAAGUUGUCUUUGUUCUGUUGCCAAACUGCUGGUUGCAGUCAUGUUUUUGACACCUUGGAGUCUUAUGAGCAUCAUUAUAAUACCAUGCACAGGAAUGUGUGUACUACUUGCAAACAUUUCUUCCCAACUGCUAGACUUCUUGACAUUCACAUCUUCGAGUGUCAUAAUUCUAUAUUUGAAAUCAUGGCCGGAAAGGGCAACAUGUAUCAGUGCUUGGUGGAAGGAUGUGCAGAAAAUUUCAAAAAUAGUAUGGAGCGGGAAAAUCACUUGGUCACAAUGCACCUUUACCCGUCUGAUUUUCACUUUGACAAAACCAAAAAAUCAAGAAGUAAGAAUAACCAAAACCUGAUUUCAAGAAAAGACGCAUCCAUGGAUAUUGUGACUGGAGAAGACUCUUGUGUGGAAUCCAUGGAGAUAGGUGUUGUAAGAUUUGAAGAUAAGUCCUCUGAGAGCCUCCCACCUACAAAGAUACCUUCAACUUGCUUACAUACAAAAUACAGGAUCCCUUCUACUAUUUGCUUUGGUCAAGGAGCAGUGAGAGGAUUCAGCUUCAAAAAAUGAUGAUAUGAUCUAUAUUUAUAUUUUUUUUAGGAAAGCCUAUUGUGCAUAUUUUAUCCUUCUUAUGGAGGUUACAUAUGUUUGAAUGUAGCUAUGGCUGUGGGCAAGUGUAAUAAAGCCUUUUUAUAAUGGAUGUUUGACUAAUACCAUGCUGCCUGAUUAAAAAAAUACGUUGGUAAACCAUUGAGUUGCAAAUAAAAAAAACUACAAUAAAA